CUGCGUCUUUCGGAAGCAACACCAAGUUUUGUUGGCCUGUGCAACAUCAGAUUAUCUCUCACAGGGCCAGAUGGCAAUGGUAGUUGCUAAGGCAAUUUCUAAAGAAGAACUUCACAAUGAAUUCUAUGAGGCAUGCAAGGGCAAUGUGGAAUUGCCAUUUCUUGAGCAGACAUUUAUUGCAUCUGUCAUUAACAAUCAUCAAAGCAUCACCACUAGUGACCUUGGCCUUCCUGAGGAAGAGGUCAGUGACUUCCUUGAAAGGGCGAAGUGUUUGGGGGAAGAGCAGGAGCAGCAUGGUGAUGAUGGGGACGAUCAUGAGAUAGAAGAGGGAUUAACUGCAGUUCAGGAGAGUGAUUAUUUGGAUCUGAUUGAUUGUAGCUACAAUUUUUGAGGUCUUCAUGUUUAAGGUAAAAAAAAAUGUAUAUAAGGGUCGGUCCCUCCCUUCUCCUGGGACAGAAAGGAAAAAGAGGUUACGAAAGAACAAACAGAUGAGAAAAAAGGCUCAAUUAGUUGAAGAUCAAGUUGCUAGCUGUUCUUUUCAAGAUGGCAGCCUUCUGGACAAUGAAAGUACUCGGAAACCUAUUGCACCUGUUGCCGAUUCUUCUCAUCAGGAUGACUGCAGACAAGAUACUGAAACACAGGAACAGUUAAAUGGAGCUGUAGUGUCAACAAGUUCACCAAAUAAGAGUCAUUAUGCUGCUAGCGCAUAUACACAAGCAUGGAUAUCAAAAUUUGCCUCACACGGUGCGCCUACUGGUAGUUCAACUCUUACAAAAGAAGCCAUAACUGUUCAAAGAAGGAAGUUAUGUCUGCAAAGUUCCACAGAGAGAAGGUCACCAGAAAAAUGUCCGUCACAAGAAAGUUCCAAAUUAAGACAACUGAGAAGUGACUACGAAAAGCUUGAAGACAAGUGUGACAGGCUAAAAGAUGAACUUGUGUAGACAGACAGGCGCUAUAAAUACUUAUAUGAACAGUACAACAACGUGCAAUUCAUGGCCUCAGUGCGGAAUGAACGACACAAAAUUUGUACCCACUUUCGAAUGGCGGAGCAAGUGUCGUCAUAUGCUGUCAAGCAGGUUGAAGAGAGUGUUUUUAGCAACGUCUUUUUCAAUCCAGACUGUGACAUAGACAACGUCAUUGUUCCUAUCAUCAAUGUAAAGCUGAUGAAAGUAUUAAAAGUUGGAGACACUUGCCAAAUAUACAAAGCCGCUUGCCACACUGUCAAUAGGUUCGCUGCUAAGCAAUACAGUGAUGAGAACUAUGUAUCCGUUGUCAACCGAGAGUUUCAGGUGCUGUCCUGUAUCAAUGCCACAUUUACCCCAUUCCCAAUUGGAGUAUACUAUGAGGAUAACAAACCAGCAUUGGUGACUUCACUCCACCACAUUACGGGGACUGUAUAUAGCUUAAAGGACUGUUUUUUUUAAUUUUCCUUCCCAUUUAAGUGGGAGGGGAUGGGUGAAAGCAACGGUCACAUUUGGCUUUCACCUCAGUCACCUCUUCGAAAGACGUUUUUUGCACAAUAACUUGAAGGCUGAUAAUGUUGUGCUGGAUGCAAAUGAGAAGGGCAUAGAUGUCAUUCUGUGCAGUUGGAAAAAUUCUUGUAGAAUCGAAUCUGCCCGAAUUCUCACAGAGAAGCAAACAAAAAAGUUUGCGGACAAUAUUGUUGUCCCAGAGGUUUUGCGCAAAGAGAAGCCAUUUUCAAUUGCAAGUAACAUUUAUGCAUUCGAUUGUCUUGGAAUCUUGAUUGUGAAAUAUUGUAGGGCAUAUGAAAUCACGAAUUACAAUUUACCAGCUCUGGAAAGAUUCUGUCUGAAAUGUGUGAGUCCAAGAUCUGCAGCAAGGCCAGAUGUUGAGCUGUUCGACGAAUACCUCGAAUCAUUUGACAUAUAAUAAUGUGUGACUCUAACUGAAAAGACUGUACAUGUAUCCCUCUGACAUUGGCGGAUGGUAUUUUGGAGAACUUUGUUUUCCACCUGGAGGUUCUAUCUUGACAGAGAAUACUUGGUCUGUAAGGUCACACACAAUUUACAAACUGUAUGGCGAGUUUGGGUCUUAACCCUUUAGCUCCUGCGAGUCUACAAAUUUUUUUCCAGUAUCUCCCUGAAGAUUUCGAGGUAUUCCUAUAGUGUAUAGACUUUUGGCAAAAGAGAUACAAAAAGUUGAAAAUGAAGUACUACAAGUUAUUUUGAAGCUAACAAUCAUACCUACAAUAUGAUAUCAUUAAUUUUUCAUUUUAACCCCCUGGUAUCGACGGGAUUAACCCUCUCAGCAAUUUAGUGAAAAUUCAUAAAAAGGCCCUGUAGUAAACAACAGAAUCAUAAGAAGUUCCUACCUAAUCAAAAAAAUCCAUAAAGAAACCCAAAUGUAUGAUAAUCCAGCCUAAUAUCGAUCGAAAAACACAACCCGGCAUACUCCUGUACAUGAAUACAUGAAUGGUUUGAUAUGAAGUUAUGGUUUGCACAUGUCACAUUUGUUGGUCAAGUUGGACCAUGAGAAUUGCGAAAUUAAAACACCUACAAAAAUGUCCAGGGUGUGGUUUUAUUGCUGAAUUGACAUGUAGACGAUGGAUAUCUUUUUACCAAUGAAUACUAGUUGUAUGUUGUUAUUAUCAAUAUGUCUGGCCUUCCUAGUUGGUCACAAGUUGUCAUAUUGACUUGUCUAGUUCGAAGUGUUCUGUUUAAUAAAAACACUUGAAUUCACUUGA